AUGACCGGGAUCAACGAAAUCGACCUCUCCGGAGGCCAUCAGCUCGAGAGAGGGCUCAAGAGUCGACACAUCCAGUUCCUCGCUUUGGGAGGAGCCAUCGGAACAGGUCUCUUCAUCGGCUCCGGCGCCAUUCUCAGCACUGUCGGACCCGCACCUCUUCUCAUGGCAUACCUCAGCAUGAUGCUCGUGGUCUGGAACGUCAUGAACUGCCUCGCCGAAAUGGUCACAUACCUGCCGUUGAAGGGCAUCACGAUUCCCUACUUCGUCAAUCGCUUCCUCGAUGACAGCCUGGCUUUCGCCGCGGGCUGGAAUUACUGGUAUGCGUAUGCGAUCUUGGUGGCAGCUGAAGCCAGUGUGGGUGCUGUCAUCAUCUCGUACUGGAACGAGUCGAUCUCUGCUGGAGUGUGGAUCGCCUUGUUCCUCAUUCUGGUGUUGGCGUUGAAUAUCAUCGCCGUGUCGUUUUUUGGCGAGGCCGAGUUCUGGUUCGCCUCCAUCAAGCUCAUUACCAUCGUCGGCCUCAUCAUUGUCGGAUUCGUCCUGAUGCUGGGCGGUGGUCCAAACAAGGACCGAUUAGGCUUCCGAUACUACAAAUACCAGGACGGCUAUGGAGCAUUCAAAGAAUACAUCGUUCCAGGUAACACUGGUAAAUUUUUGGCAUUCUGGUCAGCGUUCGCCAGAGCUGGAUUCGCCUUCAUCACUUCUCCCGAGCUCAUCGCCAUCUCCGCCGGUGAAACGGUCGCUCCACGACGAAAUAUCCCCAAAGCCGCACGCCGCUUCAUCUACCGUCUGGCCGUCUUCUACGGCCUGGGGUCGUUCGUGAUCGGCAUAAUCGUGCCGUCCAACGAUGAGCGGCUCCUCGGCGCUGGGAAUGCCUCCGCCUCGCCGUUCGUCAUUGGUAUUAUGAAUGCUGGCAUCGAGGGGCUCGACCAUGUUAUCAACGCAGCAGUUCUGACUUCCGCCUGGAGUGCAGGCAAUGCCUUCUUGUACUCAGGCUCCCGAGUCCUCUACUCCCUCUCCAUCUCCGGACAGGCGCCCAAGUUCUUCGCCAAGACUACCAAACGAGGCAUACCGUACACCGCGGUGCUGGUAACCUGGGCCGUUGGACUCCUCGCCUUCCUCACUCUGAACAGCAGCAGUGCCCAGGUCUUCACCUGGCUCUCGAACAUCUCCACCAUCUCCGGCUUCAUCGCCUGGAUCGUGGUAAUGUUCACAUAUCUCCAGUUCCGCAAGGCCAUGGCCUUUCAGAACAUGCUCCACAAGCUCCCCUACAAGACGCCCCUGCAACCAUACGCCACCUACUUCGUCCUUUUCGUCGUCAUUCUCCUCACCUUGACAAACGGCUUUCAAGUCUUCUUCCCGCAGAACUGGAACGUUUCGGACUUUAUGGCGGCGUACGUGACGAUACCGAUCUUCUUGGUUCUCUAUCUGGGACACAAGACAUAUGUUGCGGUGGAUGUGGAUUGCUAUACGGGGAAGAGGGAGAUGGAUGAGCUGGAGAGGAGGGAUGUCCCUCCUGUGCCGAAGAAUAUGCUUCAGAAAGUGUGGUUUUGGAUUGCGUAG